ACGAAUAAAAUUAUCCGAAAUAACGCGAAGGAUGAUUAUUUAAAACACUGUCACAGUAAAUAGCAGAGUCGAAUUCAAGCCUCCUCUCCUCCCUUCCUCUCUUUCGUUCCAAAAACGUACUCCACAAUGGCAGACUCCGGUGCUGGCCGUGGAGGAUUCAGAGGGGGUUUUGGUACCCGUGGGCGUGGGCGUGGUCCACGUGGUCGUGGCCGUGGACGCGGACGUGGCCGUGGCAAGGAGAGUGACAAGGAGUGGGUGCCCAUCACCAAGCUCGGCCGCCUUGUCAAGGAUGGCAAGAUCAGGACACUGGAAGAGAUCUACCUCUUCUCUCUGCCCAUCAAGGAGUUUGAAAUCAUUGACUUCUUCCUGGGACCCCAGUUGAAGGAUGAAGUGCUCAAGAUCAUGCCUGUCCAGAAGCAGACCCGUGCCGGUCAGCGCACCAGGUUCAAGGCCUUUGUUGCCAUCGGUGACUACAAUGGCCACAUUGGUCUUGGUGUAAAGUGCAGCAAGGAAGUGGCCACUGCUAUCCGUGGUGCUAUUAUUCUUGCGAAGCUCUCGAUCGUGCCAGUUAGGAGGGGCUACUGGGGUAACAAGAUCGGUAAACCCCAUACUGUUCCAUGCAAGGUAACUGGCAAGUGUGGGUCUGUAAUGGUGCGUCUCAUUCCUGCUCGUGGUACUGGCCUCGUAGCUGCCUCUGUACCCAAGAAGCUGUUGAACAUGGCGGGUAUUGAGGAUUGCUACACCAGUGCCCGUGGACAGACUGCCACUCUCGGUAACUUUGCCAAGGCUGCAUAUGCUGCCAUUGCCAAGACAUAUGCUUACCUUACACCAGAUCUCUGGAAGGAGACCGUCUUCACCAAGUCUCCAUACCAGGAGUUCACUGACUACCUUGCUAAGAACCACAAGGUCAGCUCUGAGCAGCGACAGGAAAUGAAGCUCUAUUAAGUAAGGUGUAGUGCAAAUAAAUUGUCGCUUUUA